CUCCUCCGCCGAGCGCCCGGCCCCCGCCCCGGCAGGAGACCGGCGAGCCCCGCCCCGGCAGGGAGGCGGGCCCGGCCCGGCCCGGCGGAGCGGUGCUGCAGUCGCACGGGAUGGUGGAAGUUCCGCGGCCGGGGCAGGCCAGGGCUGCGGGCGGCUGCCCUCGGCGCAGGUGAGGCGCGUGCGGCAUGCAGCCGGCCCCGGGGGCGUAGCGAGCGCCCCGGCCCGGCCCGCGCGCGCUCCCCGCAGCCCGAGCCGCGGGACCUUCUGCGCAGGUGAUGGCCUGCGCCCUGCUGCUGCUGCUGCUGGCCUGCGGCUUGCUGGGUCCGUGCCAGCAGGAGCCCCAGACCCCGGACUGGAGGAUGACCCUCAAGACCAUCCGGAACGGGGUGCACAAGAUAGACAUGUACCUGAACGCGGCUCUGGAUCUCCUGGGAGGAGAGGACGGCCUGUGUCUGUAUAAAUGCAGCGACGGGUCGAAGCCUCUUCCACGUUAUGGGUAUAAGCUUUCACCACCGAAUGGAUGCGGAUCGCCGCUAUUUGGAGUUCAUUUUGACAUUGGUAUCCCUUCGAUGACAAAGUGCUGUAAUCAACAUGACAGAUGCUAUGAUACCUGUGGCAAUAGAAAAAAUGAUUGUGACGAACAGUUUCAGUAUUGUCUCUCCAAGAUCUGCAGAGAAGUACAGAAAACACUAGGAAUAUCAGAGAGUGUACAGGCCUGUGAAUCAACUGUUCAGUUGUUAUUUGAUGCAGUUAUACAUUUAGGAUGUAAACCAUACCUGGAUAGCCAGAGAGCUGCAUGUAUGUGCCAAUAUGAGGACAAGACAGACCUAUAAAAGAAGACACUGAUGAAAGCUCAUGAGCUAGAACUAAGAAAAAGACAAUAUGUACGGAGAGCCAGUGUUCUGUUACAAAGCUGGUUUAUUUCAUUUUCACAAAGCAUAAUACAAAAAAUGGCUCAAACAUACACUAAAAUAGUUUCCUAUUUUAAAAAACAGCUUAACCCUCCUACCCUCGACAUACACUUGGAGCUUGGAACCUGAAAGUAGUUUCCUUCAACAUGUGCCCAGAGGUAGAGUUGCUCAUAGAAUGCUACUGCAAAAACUAUUGGUGUCUUUUUUGCUUUAAAAAAAUUAAAAAUUGGUGGUGGGGAAUGAAAGGCACAUGGGAACCAGAUAGACUUUUCAAACUUUUUUUUUUUUAAGUAGGUCAAGUUUGGAGUUUACCAACCUUUAGUGUUUCUAGUAUAUCUCAACAGGAAAGGAAGACUUUCUGCAUUUGAAAUAUUUUGUGCAUUCAGUAUGUAAUCUUAAAUGUCUUGCACUUCUGUGCUUUUGGUAAAAUGACUUCUGUUUCUCUGCUUCUAUGUUGCUAUGUUCUCAUAUACAGUAUGUUGAAGGCUAGACCAAACCUAGAACUAAAAACUGCAUCUUCCGAUCUGUUUUAUAUAUCAAACUCCCUUUUGAAGCACUAGUCAGAUCAGAAACACUGGUACUUUUAAGGCUUGAAUUGCAAAAUUGAACAGUUUAGAACCUAGCAAAAUAUGAAGGUGAUACUUCUGAUGUGACAACUUAGGGAAGCAUUUCUGUUGUUCUUACAAAUUAUUUCUUAAAGAAAUAUUUUUAAUAGAUGUUUAUAUUUUUCAAAUCAAAUUUAUUUUUAUUAAAUGUACCACCCAAGAGAGGCAUUCUAUUUAACAAAGGUGUCUUUAUAUGUAUAGCAAGGAUGGAUCUUAAUUGUCCAAAGAGAAUGAUUGAUUUAUAUUUAACUCUUGUAAUGUAGACUGUUACUGUAUUCACUUACCUUUUGGCUUAUCUUCCUUUUACUCUGUUCUUUGGGGUUUUGUAAAAAUUAUAAAUAAGAAAAAUGAUUUUUUAAAGUGUCUUGGUAUUUCUACUACUUGUGCAGGAGUCAGAGUAUCCAAGACAUCUUUUGUAUGAAUAUAUUGUUAUGUGCAGCUAACAAAUAUACAAUUCCUAAUUUUCCCUCA